GAAUAUCAAGUAGCUUACAUCAUAUUGAAAGCAGCAAAUUCACCACGUCCAGGCACCUGGGUGCUGGAAAAAUCCAAAGAUGGACAACAUUUCAGUACUUGGCAGUACUUUGCCAGAACUGACAAGGAAUGUAUGGACCAGUUCCAAGUUCCGGCCACCAAAGGAAAACCUCAUUAUUUCACGGAUAAUGAGAUUAUUUGUACAUCGUACUUUUCGAAGCUGACGCCAUUGGAAAACGGGGAGGUUCACAUAUCACUGGUCCAGGGGCGUCCAGGAGCGAAUGAAUCCAGUCCCGAACUGUUAGAAUUCACCAAAGCUAGAUAUGUACGAUUCCGACUAAUGGGUUUGCGAGGAAAUUUGGAACCAAUACCUAAAUCGUUGAGCCAAGACCGGCUGAAAGACAAAAAGUUAUUCUACUCGAUCAAGGAUAUAUCCAUAGGAGGACAAUGCGUUUGUAAUGGCCACGCUGAGAAUUGCAGGCACAAUGUCGCUAGUGGGCAUCCAGAAUGCGAAUGCUUACACCAUACGUGUGGAGCAAACUGCGAAAUGUGCUGCCCACUUUACAACCAACGUCAGUGGUUUCCUGGAUCUUCGAGGGACGCCCAAAAAUGCUUGCCCUGCAACUGCCACGGGCAUGCAAAGAGCUGCCGAUAUGAUGAAGAGGUCGACCGAAAUGGGCUCAGUUUAAGUGCUGAUGGCUCUUAUCAAGGAGGGGGUGUUUGUCAAAAUUGCACGGACUUUACAACCGGAAUCAACUGUGAGAAGUGCCUGACUGGAUUUUUUCGGCCGAUUAAUGUUUCUGCCCACGACUCUAAGCCAUGUUUGAAAUGCGAUUGCAGUGUAGUUGGAUCAUCACCAGAUAUCUGUGUACAGUAUGGCGAAUCAGCGGGAGUAUGUAAAUGCAAAUUAGGCUAUAUUGGUUUGAAAUGCGAUAUGUGUGCCCCAGGGUUUCGAGGCUAUCCAAACUGCGAAUCUUGCCCGUGUGACCCUAAGGGAGUUACUGCCACUGGAGACUGUGAAGGCGAAUGUCUUUGUAAGCAAAACGUUGAAGGCAAAUACUGCGAUAGGUGCAAAUCUGGGUAUUUUGGACUAUCAGAGAAGAACGCUGAUGGCUGCCUGGCGUGCUUCUGUUCCGGUGUCACGACUCUGUGUGAGUUAGGUUUCAUCAAAUUGAACACCAUUCAAACUCUACAAAAUUGGUUAAUCACCGAUCUGAGAGUUUCAGCAUAUAUAACUCCAGUUACCAGCUCUACGAGUGUGUUCUCGGUCGGUAAUUAUGAGUUACCUGGAAUUGAGAAUCUCUAUUGGCUGGCACCGAGAGACUAUUUGGGUAACAAGUUGGAAAUUUAUGGCUCAACUUUCGUUUUCAAUGUUCAAUGGGUGGUUAUGCGUGGUGAUACGAGCGGUGAACCGACAAUUGGACCUGACAUGAUUAUGGUUGGCUCAAAUGGAUUACAGUUAGGUUAUGGAGAUCACAUAUAUGGUUCCCAAAAGAUGUCUUUUAGCAUUCCGCUAAGCGAGCAUGGAUGGUACAUAAUACCCAACGAGAUCCAAGAUAUAACGACGAGAAUGACAAAAUCCGAUUAUGUUAAAGGACCGGCGACAAGAGAACAGUUUUUACAUGUGCUGGCCGAUAUAAAGCACAUUUUAUUAAGAGGAACUUUCCACACUGACCAAAUUGAGGCAUUGCUGGAAAGUGCAACGAUGAGUUACGGCAACGAAGAACUCACUUACGAAAGUGGAACCGUUGAAAAAUGUUCCUGUCCAUCAGGUUACACCGGCCUUUCUUGUGAAAGUUGCUCUUUUGGAUACGUUAGAAUAUUUGCGAACACUUCAGAAAACGAAGAAGAAAGCUAUUGUGGAAAAUGCGAUUGUAAUGGUCAUUCAGCUACUUGCAACGCUGAUACAGGUGAAUGCUUUUGCGAGCAUAACACUAUAGGAGAGAAAUGCGAACGAUGUGCGGUGGGUUUCUACGGUAAUCCUUUAAGGAGCACAAUCGGCGACUGCAAGAAAUGUGCCUGUCCUAUGGAAAAUAUCGAAAACAAUUUCAGCCCCAGUUGCCAGUUGGAUUACUUUAAUUUGGCUAACGAAGGUGGAUAUGUAUGCACCCAGUGUCCGAAAGGAUACACAGGGGAUCAUUGUGAAAUAUGUGACGAUGGUUAUUUUGGGGAUCCACUGGAAAUUGGUAACAGUUGCAGACCCUGUGACUGUAGCGGUGGUCCAUGUGAUAGAAGAACCGGUCAAUGUUUAGCAUGCAAAGGAAAUACCGAAGGUUGGAAAUGUGAAAGAUGUAAGUCAGAUCAUUACGGCGACCCGGCAGCUUCCAACUGUAAAGCAUGCGAAUGUGAUCCCCUUGGAUCUGAGUCGAAACAAUGCGAUAACGUUUCUGGCCAAUGUACAUGUAAAGGCAGGUUUAUUGGCAGAACUUGUGAUCAAUGUGAGCUUGGUUUUGGCAAYGUUACCGCUUUAUGCCCACCGUGCUCCUGCAACUCAAUCGGUUCGAGAUCUGGUAUAUGUGAUCACCACACCGGAAUUUGCGACUGCUUGCCAGGCGUAGAUGGAUUUCAUUGUGAUGCUUGCCAGAACCUGCACUGGGGUUUUUCAACCAGUGGCUGUCAAGCUUGUAAUUGCGACAUCAAUGGAUCAAAGUAUUCGUCAUGUGACCCGACAACUGGAAAUUGCAUAUGCAAGCCGUAUUAUGAAGGAAGAACGUGCGACGUUUGUAAGGCUGGCUAUUGGAAAACUCUAAAGAAAGAYUGCAUUAAAUGCCACUGCGAUGAGAAUGGAUCGCUGGAUCCUGUGUGCCAUARAGAAACAGGACAGUGCAACUGCAAACCUGGAGUAGCUGGGCAGAACUGUGAUCAGUGCCUACCAAACUACUAUGGWACUGUGGAUACAGAAUGCAUAGAAUGCGAACCAUGCACCAAAAAAGGUCACGUAUGCGGCCAAGGGGGAAAAUGUGUAUGCCCUUCGUUAACUAUUGGAAGGGAAUGUGAGAGAUGCACAUUGAAUUCUUGGGGGCAUGAACCAAGAACAGGGUGUAAGGCAUGUAACUGUUCAAAUAGUGGUUCGUCUGGCCUGCAGUGUGACAAACAUUUUGGUAUCUGUCCAUGUAAAGUGGGAUAUGAAGGUAAUAAAUGUGACAGAUGUACCUUCGGUUAUUAUGGAUUUCCGAACUGCAGGAAAUGCCUUUGCAAUCCAGCUGGUACCUUAGAUACCGAGUGUAGAACUGAAGAUUGUCAGUGCAAUGAAGAUGGCAGCUGUAACUGUAAGGAGAGCGUCACAGGAUUUAAAUGUAAUACGUGCAAAAACGGAACAUUUGGUUUAUCUAAAGAAAAUCCCCAAGGAUGCAAAAACUGCUUCUGUUUUAAAAGAAGCAGUGAAUGUGUGGACACCAAAUACAACUGGGAUAAAAUUCGCUUUGAGAAACGUAUAGAGAGUAACGAACCGAUCAGCACCGACACCAUUAGCCUGCCAAAGAAAUUUAUGGGCGACCUAUCAUCCUCGUAUGACGGAUAUCUUAGUGUCAGUGGUGGGGGCGGUAGAUUCACUGUAUUCCUGACUGGAAAUGGAAUUUCUUUGAACUCAGAAGUUAGCACUAAUGAGUUGAAACUUAACGAAAAGUAUUGGACAGUAACUUCUGGCAACAUAGCUCAAAGUUGUCAGAUUUCACUGAGUAGGGAGUGUAUGUUGGUAGUUCUACAGAAGGUUACCUCUAUUGUCAUACAAGGCCAAGAUAUGGAAAUUGUAGAAGUUCUACUGGAUUCAGCUAAACCUUACAUUCCGUAUAAUCGGACUAGUCACUCCAUCGAAAAAUGUAACUGUAGUUCAGAGUACAAAGGACUUUCGUGCCAAGACCCAAAUCGGGGAUUUUAUCGACAUUUCCUAACCGAAUACGAAGCAACACACUCUUCCUGGAUAGAUAAAGUAAUCGGUGUUGCUCGUCCAUGUGACUGCAAUGGAAGAUCAUCUGAAUGUGACCCUGACAAUGGACACUGCAAGAAUUGCUCAAACAAUACAGCUGGCUUUCAUUGCGAAUUGUGCGACACCGGUUACUAUCAAGACUAUUCUGGACACUGCCAACCCUGUUUAUGUCCAUCAGAGUUCGAAAACAACGCAGAGAGCUGCAUGGCAAAAAAAUAUGGUUUUGCCUGCCACUGUAAAAUAGGUUACACUGGAAGCAAGUGUGAGCAUUGUAAAGACAGCUACUUUCGGGAUCCAUUUUCGAAUAAAUGCAUUCCGUGUAAUUGUAACUAUUAUGGUAGCCAUUCGAGUAUUUGCACUGAAAAUGGAAUAUGUGAAUGUAAAUCUGGAUUCUAUGGAGAAAAAUGUAAUCAGUGCAAAAACUCCCGGCAAUAUAUCAAAGAUGGAAUUUGCACACCUUGUGAUGAAUGUACACAAUUGCUUUUCAAUGAUAUCGAUCGCCUCUACAAAGCCUUAGAUAAUUUCACCGAUCGAUUCAAAGACGGACUCAGUCCGCCAUGGAAACUUCUGGACUCGAUGAAAACCAAAUAUAAAGCUUUUAACAAAACAUUUAACUAUAAAUACGAUCGAGUCAAUCACAUUUUGAAAACUGGAAACAUUAGUCAACUUGAAGAUAUGGUUUUUAAUAUGGCUGAGAAAGUUCAUGCAUUAGAGAAACUUUCUGCAGAAAACAGUAAUGACAUCACACAAAACCAAGAUAAAGUCUCCACGUUUACUAAAGAAUUAAAAAAUAUUAACGAUGAUAUUAACAAUUUGGUGAAACAAUUAACGAUAUUUGGAAAGAAACAUAUAGACGCAGAAGCCGCUGUUGAGCAAGCCAAUAGUAUAUUAGCUGAGAUAAAGCACCAAGCUAAGCCAAGAAUCACUGAUGUAGAAAUACACAAUCAACUUACCGUAGAUUAUUGUCAAAGAAUUAGUGAUGAGGUUAAUGGAUCAUACAUAGUAUCAAAUAAUUUGCCCUACAACAAAUUAGAUGAGCUUAACAGCAAAAUAGAUGAUAUAGACAUAAUCGCUACAGGUGUAAAAAGCAAAACAACGGAUGCACAAUUUCAAAAUGAGAAGAAUAAAAAAUCUAUUAACAGGUUACGAAAAAGUAUUGACGAGCUUAACAAUUUGAGUACUAAUAUCGAGGCAAAUCUAGGCGAAUUUACUAAUGAAAUGAAGAAUAUGAUUGGUAAACUAGGGGAACUGAGAAACAUUAUUGCCGCAAUGGAAAACUUUGAUUUUAACAACUUAACUGAGUUGGAUAGAAAUAUCUACAAAUUUGAAGAAGAGAAUCCCGCGCUGGAAGAAUUAGUACGUACAGCAUCAGACCAUGCCUCGAAAUUGAGGAAUAUAGUUGAUCUCAGAAUAGGAGCACUGAAUUUCACCAAAGACGAAACUGAAAAAAUCAAGACCAGUGGUGCAUAUAAUGAAAUUGUUGACUCUAUUGCAAUCGCAAAAAAUACAGCAAAUGAGGCUAGAAUUAUACUGCAAAACGUUUUAGAUUUCAUGUAUCCUCGAGAUUCCGAUAGUCUAUUCGAUAAGGCUAAUUUGGCACAUACUAAAUCAGACCGCUUGAAGUACAGAAUAGAAAAUAUGAAAAAUAUAUCUACUAACCUUAACGCCAAGCGAAAGGAUGUGGAGAGCUUCAAAGAAAGCCUAAUAGACAGUGGCAAGUUUAACAAUGAUCUGAAUAGGCAGCUACAAUACCUCGAGCGCCUGCUCUUGGCAGAAAGUUACACAGUGAUCAAACUUCAGGAAACAAUUGAUAAUAGUUCUCGAAUUAUUGAUCAGAUGCGGCAAAUUGAGAAAACGAUAUCAGAAUUAAAUAUAGCGGUCCGAUAUGAUCUGUUAAAUGUGAAAAAUACAUUGCUUAAAGCGAGAUCUGAAGCGAAAGAAGACAUUCAAACGGCUAGCUUUAAUGUGAAAGACGCAAUAAAGCGAGUAUCGGAGUUAUUGGAUAAUGAUAUCAACAAAAUAGACAAUUUUCCAAAUAAGGAUGAACAACACAAACUGGAACGAGUAACAUCAAAAAUUGAGGAACUCCGAAAUAAAAUUUUAUAUGCAAAACAAGCAGCUGAAUCAAUUAAUAUCGCAAUGGGUUUGUCCAAUUGCUCGAUGACUUACUCGUCCCCACUUUAUCAAGGGGAGCUGUUCAGAAGUCUUGCCAUCACGUUUAGAUGUGCUAACUGCCAGCUGUUUAAGUGGGAGAGAGGUGGAAUCAACAUAGCAAUUCAAAAUGGUAAAGCCAUAAUGAAAUUUAUGGUAGAUGACAUCAGUGACGAAAUUUCAACGGAUAAGGAAGGAGGAUCGAAAUUUGAAAAAACUCUAUUUGUACAACGAAUUGGCUCCUUACUGCAAAUGAAAUUCGACAAUGACACCACUUGGAAAGCUGCCGAUAUCGGAAGCCAGGCUUUAAUUAUAGACCCGACAGAUCGGUUUGAAAUUGGCGAUGGUAUGAACAUUCAACACAAUGCCUAUAUCUAUAGACUCUCUAUCAAUGAUAACAACCUUGGUUUAUGGAAAUUCAGCCAAACCAAUGGAAAAUGCACAGGACAACAGAGAGUUAAUGCUAAAGAAGUAGAGAAAGCCAGACCAUUUUAUUCUGGCCGCGGCUACAAGAAAUAUAAUAAAACUGCGGUAGCUGCACCUGCCAAAUUCAAUUUGAAGUUUUAUUUGUCCACUUUUGAUGAAAACAGCUUAAUUUACUUGGCCCAGGAAUCUCAGCGUCCUUCAGCAUUUAUUUCGUUGACCAUAGAAGACGGUUAUUUGCGGUUCGACAUUCGACACAACAACGACAAAACAGUGUCGUUAAAGCUGAAGGAGAAAUGCAACGAUGGACAAACGUACAGUGCGAGUAUUGUGAUGACCUACGAAAAUAGAUAUCAAAUAUAUAAAUUGGGCAUUGACGGAAAUGAAACAAACCAGGCUCUGGCCCAGGAACUACUCUUGCCAUCAGCAGUAUUUAGGAUUCGACAAGCCGUUCAUUUUGUUGGAGGAGUUUCGCCCACAUUAAAUACUACCUCAAUCAACGUAAACAAGAAAUCGUUUUUGGGAUUUCUUGACACUAAAAACCAAUUCGACAAUGAAAGCAUAUCCACAGGAGUAACACAAAAAGCUGGAGAACUCCAACUACACAAGGCAUGGUUUAAUGGAAACGGAUCUCUACGUUUAAGUACAGAACUUGAGCCUAGCAGAACUUCUCAAAGACUGAACAUGAUAUCGUUUAUUUUGAGACCACUAAAUGCUAAUGCUGCUAUAUUGGACGUUGAAAACUUCGGAACGGUGACUCUAUCAAACCGUUUACUUCAAAUCAACCUAAACAAUGGAGAACAUUAUCUAGCGAACAAGACUAUGCCUUUAAAUAUAAACGAUUAUAACAUUGUCUCGUUGAUUUUUAAAAGCGAUAUGAUCAGUUUAACUAUAAAUGAAGAAGAUGAGAACAUUUACAGAUCGAAGACUGAUAAUUUAUUUGAAGGCGAUGUAAUCAAAUUAGUCGUUGGGAGUACUGAUGGAUUUUACUCUUUAUACGGAGGAAUUAGUGAUAUCACUAUUAAUAAUGAAAAUAUUGUAUUCACAUCUAAAACGGUCACUGAGUUUUCCAACGUAGAAAUGGGCCGCGAGGCACCGUUUAUCAGACAAGGUAUCACUCUUAAAGGACUCACCAUUCCUACCAACAUCAAUGUGACUAAUUCUAUGCAAAACACGCAAGGCUGCGCUACUUCAGCGAAUUAUGUUACCCAUCCAACUGCUGUUAGCUUUGGUGACCAACCAGAUAGCUAUAUGAAGAUCAAAACCCAAUUUUGGAAGAAAGAUUUUAAAUUGGAAUUUGAAUUUAGGACACUGGAUCCUAAUGGAUUGCUCUUCAUGUCUACAGGAAGCGGUUCUACAAAUCAAUAUAAAUUCCUUGAAUUAAAAGAUGGCUUAUUAACAUUCCAUAUAAAAGGAAAAAGGAAAAUUCCUAAAAAUUGGCCGGUCACUUUUCCAAUGAAAGUGGCCGAUGGUGUGUGGCAUACGUUAAAGUUUGUGAAGAAAGGAAAGAAACUGCAAAUGUGGUUGGAUGGAAAAGAGAGAAAAUCGGUUAGGUUCCCUAAAUCGGCUGUCAGGAACGAAUUUUUCUUAGGAAAUGUACCUCGAGAAUACACGCUUAAUACAGAACUGAAAGAACGCAUUUACCCGUUUAGGGGUUGUAUCAACAAUCUCAAAAUAAAUGAAGAAACUAUAUUACCAGGAGCAAAAACCAAUGAUGUCGUAUAUAGCAAUAUACGGCAAUGUUUUCCGCAAAUUGAGGAAGGGGCUUAUUUUGGAGGAGACGCGUAUGCAGUAUACAGAGAAGACUUUCGAAUUAACAAAAUAUUAGAUCUCAGCUUCGACUUCCGCACAGCAGAGCAAAACGGCAUUCUUCUAACAGUCUCAAAUGAAGGAAAUUAUCCUGCCCUAUCUGUUGAACUUCAAAAUGGAGCUGUAGUGAUGACUAUCGAUUUGGGAAACGGUAUUCAAUCUAAUGUAACUAAUAAUUUGGACUCCGACUUUGCUUUAUGUAACAACUUGUGGCACAACGUCAGCGCAAUGUAUUCUAGUUCUGAAUUAACGGUCAAUGUUGAUGGUAUCAGAAAAAGUUGGGUACAAAGUGAAGUUAAUUCGGUUAUGGAUGAAAUUGAUGCCCCAUUGUACAUUGGCGGCUUACCAGAUAAUGCCGCAAUUGGUACGUUGAAAAUCAGAGAGAACUUUAAAGGAUGCAUGAAAAAUCUGAAGAUUGAAAAUAACUUAAAACCGUGGUCGGCAAUGGAAAAGCUAAACAGUGUGCUGCUGAACUCAUGUCCUGUUGCACCUUCCACAAGAAGCUGAGGGUUGUGAGUAACAAAACAUCCACUCUGAUUCAAACCAGGCGUAAAUAUUAAUCGUAUUAUUUAUUAUUAAACGGUGCCAUUGAUUCCAAUUAUUUAUUCGUGUCCUAAUUUUGUAAAUAAUUAAACAUAAGAAUAAUAAUGCACUAACGUCCAAGUUAAUGAAAAUUCAUUAGCUCUAAUUGAAAAUUUAUUGUAUAAAAUAUUAAGGCUUAUAUUAAUUACACUGCCAUGUUAAUGUAAAUAAUUUAUUUUUUGUACAAGCAAUGUUUAGAUAAGAACUGUUCGUUGUAAGUUUCAAUACUUAACAAAUGUACAAGCCCUCUGUACAUUAUACAGGGUGUACCAAAUCUUGCUGGAUUGAUGCGUUUUUAUUAAUUGUAGAACUCAGCGGAUUAAUUUUGCAAACUCCUGCCUAUUUCCGAUUUCAGUAUCUGGCACGACAAAAAUAAUUCGAUCCGGUUCUGACUACUUUCCUCGGUUUUCUGGGAUUUUAAUGAACGUACCUGAAGAAGCUGAGUUACGUGGUCUUGACGAAUCAUGGUGCAUUUAUAUUCUCCAGCUUCAUACAAUCACAUGUGUAUCAAGACUACUUGAUAACCGCUGUGCAUCUCCGAAACAACCAUUGGUUUAACUGAAAACGCUUUCUUUUCCUCCGAACCAAAUUUCUUUUAGGGGUUCCUUACACAAUCGCAAAUAUAAUUUGUAAUUUAUUGUUUGUGGUCAUGACUAUUAGAGUAAUAGGUAUCAGGCAAAAUAUCAAACGUUUUGUCCUUUGUAACGGACUGAUUCAAUCAAAGUAGACUGAUUCUAUGAAACACGAUCAAUCAGGUUUUGAUGGUCGUUGACACAUGAAAUAUCAAACCUCUUCAGCCGUCGAUAAAAGUGUAUAAAGUUCUUGGGAUUAGCGUUAUUGACUGGUGUGGGUAAUUCUUGGAGCUGCCUAUUUUUCACAUAAAACUAUUUCUGGAGAGUUAAAAGACACUAACUCAUUGAAGGCUUAUAAGAACUUUAUAUCCAYCUCGGGUAUGUAGCGGAUUUAUUACACCUUGUAUAACAAUUUGUAAGUUUCUUUGUGUAAAAUAAAUAUUUUAAAUCAA